AUGUGUCAGUUCAAGGUCAGGCUUUUCGUGCAAGGUGUUACGGGUAUGAGAUUAUCUGCUUUGUACAUAAAAAACUGCCUUCGAUUAACAAUGAUUCCUGGUGGUCAAGCGCAUAUUAACGCUAGAGAUGCAGCAGUAAAAUCUAUCGAUGAACUUGCCAACUAUUUCAAAGUUGACUUAAAAACUGGUCUUGAUCAUACUGAAGCUCAACAUCGACUUAAGUUAUGUGGUCCAAAUGAGUUGAAACACCCAAACCCAGAUCCUUUAUAUAAGAAAUAUCUCGAACAAUUCAAAGAACCUAUGAUACUGUUACUACUUUCAUCAGCAUGUAUCAGUCUUAUUAUGAAGCAAUAUGAUGAUACCAUUAGCAUUACUGUUGCAAUUUUAAUAGUGGUUACUGUCGCGUUUAUUCAGAGUUAUAGAUCAGAGAAAGUCCUAGAAGCUUUACAAAAAUUGAUGCCACCGAAAUGUAGCUGUCUACGUAGUGGUGAAAUGCAUACAUUUCUAGCUUCAUAUCUUGUUCCUGGUGAUAUUGUCUGUUUAUCAGUUGGUGAUCGUCUCCCAGCAGAUUUAAGACUUUUCGAUCUGACCGAUUUACGAAUGGAUGAGUCUAGUUUGACUGGAGAAACUGAAGCCGUUCCCAAAUCUUCAGAGGUUCUUUGUACACAUUUCCCGAUUUCUAAUACUUCUGAAGUUAGAUUUUCAUCGACACAAAAUGUGAAUAUAGGCGAUAACAAAGCUGUUGAACGUCUACGUGGAUGUCAUGAUCUAAUUAAUAUUGGAUUUAUGGGAACAUUAGUUUGUUCGGGUACUGGAAAAGGUUUGGUUAUUGGAACUGGAGAACAUUCGGAAUUUGGUGAAGUUUUCCGUAUGAUGCAUUCAGAAGAAGCACCACGUACACCACUUCAGAAGAGUAUGGAUAAGUUGGGAAAGCAUUUAUCUGCUAUCUCUUUAAUUAUUAUUAGUAGUAUAGUGAUUAUUGGUCUAUUUCAAGGACGCCAUAUUUUAGAAUUGUUAACUAUUGGCGUAAGUUUGGCAGUCGCAGCAAUCCCUGAAGGUCUUCCUAUUGUAGUAACUGUCACUCUAGCUAUUGGCCAAAUGCGUAUGGCAGCAAGAAAUACUCCUGAUGAACCAGUCUAUUUUGCUAAAGGAGCUGUAGACCAAUUGCUUAAUCGUUGUGCCUUUACAUCUUUUUCAAACGAUUCUGCGAUUUCAAUGCAAUCAUCACCAUCUGAUGGUCAUCCAUUUAUGUUAUCGAAUCGUUAUUCUAAUAAUAGUUCUAUAAAGCCAAUGGAUUUAGAGACUAGAAAAGCAAUACUUAAUGAAGCGUCCAUACUUGGUAACUUAGGUUUACGUGUAUUAGCAUUGGCUAAAGGUGUUAAUUCUGAACAGAUGAUUUUCCAUGGAUUAGUUGGUUUAAUUGAUCCACCACGUCCGGGUGUAACUGAGUGCAUUCGAAUAUUAUAUGAAUCUGGUGUUCGCGUGAUUAUGAUAACUGGUGAUGCUAAAGAAACUGCAUGUACAAUUGGCUCUCGUUUAUCUCUUUAUCGCCCUGGUGAUCUGUGCCUCAGUGGUGAAGAAGUAGAACGAAUAAGCGUUGAACAAUUAAUGUCAGUUGUACGUAAUGUUACUGUGUUUUAUCGAUCCGGACCGAAACAUAAGUGCAAAAUCGUCAAGGCUCUACAACAAUCCAAUUUAGUUGUCGCAAUGACUGGUGAUGGUGUGAAUGAUGCAAUCGCAUUAAAGUCAUCAGAUAUCGGUAUUGCAAUGGGUCGUACAGGAACAGAUGUAUGUCGUGAAGCUGCUGAUAUUGUUUUAUUAGACGAUAAUUUUGCCACAAUUUUAGCUGCGAUGGAAGAAGGCAAAGCAUUAUUUCAUAAUAUUAAAAAUUUCAUCGGCUUUCAAUUAAGCACGUCUAUAGCUGCUCUAGCCUUAAUUGCUUUAUCCACAUUACUUUCACUCCCAAGUCCAUUGAAUGCUAUGCAAAUUCUUUUUAUUAAUAUACUAAUGGAUGGUCCACCUGCUCAAAGUCUAGGCGUAGAACCACCAGAUCCUCAUGUAGUUAGACAACCUCCCAGACGAGCAAAUGAUUCUAUUUUGGAUGGUCGUUUAAUGUUCAAUGUAUUGACAGCUUCAUCACUAAUCGUCUCUGGUACUUUAUGGAUUUUCUUUAGAGAAUUGUCUGAUAAUAAAGUUACACGACAUGAUACAACUAUGACUUUUACAUGUUUCGUUUUAUUUGAUAUGUUCAACGCAUUAAGUUUUCGAUCACAGAAUAAAUCGAUCUUCUCAUUGGGAUUUUUCUCUAACCGUUUGUUUGUACUAGCUGUUGGGUUGUCUUUAUUUGGUCAGUUAUUGGUAAUAUAUUUCCCACCAUUGCAAGCUGUCUUUCAAACGGAAGCAUUGACAUUAAAAGAUUUAGUUUUAUUAGUUUGUUUAACGUCAUCGGUAUUUUUCGUGUCUGAACUACGUAAACUUGUGCGCAUACGUUCAGAUUUCUAUUUCUGGGCUACAUAUUUUCUGUCGUUUAUAAAACUACCAAGACGAGUAAAAAUGGAUGACAACAUGGUUUGAUGUGUUGAUUUUUCUGCCUUGUUAAAAUAAUGUCCCUUUCCUAUAAACAGAAAAUAAACGAUUUUAUGUUAAGAUAUACACGCACACAUUACGGAGUUUACUUUUUAUAUGUAUAUGUGAGGUAUACACAUUUGUAAUAAUUUUUAAAUGUAUCUUAUUUAGGUAACAAUCUAUCUCAAACCUACUUUAAUUCUCCUAUCUUAUAGUAAAAUAACAAUAGUUGAGAGAAUUGUAUGUAUCUAUUUCUUGAUGUAGAAUCUAAAAAUUUCUUUGUUAAUGAAAUAAAAUAAAAUACCAUUCUGCCUGUACAUUAAAGUAUGUUUGUUUCAGUUAUAUUUCUCAUUUUCUUUCUAUCCCCAUUUUCAUGUAUUUUUGUGGUAUCGUCUAUGUUGCCAUUUUAUUAUCCUUUUGUUUAUGUCAAUUUUAUUUUAUUUUUAAAUUUUCUGGUCAUCUAUUUUGCUUCAAUUAUGAAUACUGAUUCGGUUUGUUCCUUUUUUUGUAAAAAAAAAUUACUAAAGUUUAUGUCCUGUUUCCAAUUGCUUUUGUUUCAUUCACUUUUUUGUACUUAUAUGACUGCUUCUCAUAAUCCAAUGUAUUAAGUUAAUGUCUUCUUCUUCUUUCUCUUGUGAUUUGUUAUGCUGAGAUUUCUAGAUUUUAUGAAAAAAGAAUUCUGUACGUGUGUGUAUAUCGAUAAAAGUCAAAUGAUAUUCCUUCAAUCUUAUCACCAUUAUCACUAAUAAUAUUCAUUCACGCAGUAAUGUACUUAUUGUCCUCAUUUAUCUUCUGUUUCUUUUAAACUCACUAUUCGUCUUUCUAAGAUAUUCAAGUCAGUGUUUUGUAGUAGAAAUAAAAAGACGUUGUUUUCUUGUUCUGA